AUGGCCUGCCCUCAUAUAUCUGGGAUAGUCGCUCUACUCAAAUCCGUUCAUCCUGACUGGUCCCCUGCCGCCCUAAAAUCAGCACUAAUGACAACCGCACAUACCAUGGACCGUAAUGGGGUUCCAAUAGAAGCAAAUGGAAAACGUGCAAAGAUCGCCGACCCGUUUGAUUACGGAGCAGGGUCUGUUAAUCCAACCAAGGCAGCUGAUCCAGGCCUGAUAUAUGACAUUAGUGCGUCAGAUUACCUCGAGUUUUUCAACUGUCCACAAGGAUUUGGUUCAAAUAACAAUUGCACACCACCUGACUUGAACCUCCCAUCGAUUGCCAUUCCUGGCCUCAAGACAUCUGUGACGGUUGUGCGCACUGUUACCAAUGUUGGCCAGCCGAAUGCGGUGUACAAGGCAUUCAUGGAGCCUCCACCUGGCGUCAAGAUGGCUGUGGAGCCAGCAGUGCUGGUGUUCAGCAACGCAAGGAGGGUGCAGAGUUUCAAGGUGACUUUCAGGGCCACCCGAAGGAUCCAGGGCAGCUACACCUUCGGUAGCUUGGCAUGGCAUGAUGGAGGCGCCCACCUGGUUCGGAUCCCGAUUGCAGUUCGUGUGGUGAUUGAAGAGCUCUACUCAGAUGCCUCCUAA